AUGACUCAACUCAGGAAAACCCACUGUAACUGCCAUCAUCUGCAGUGGCUCCGGGCUCACGGCCAUGUUGUGCAGUGGCACUUGCUGACUGUGCCGAAUGGAGGGGGCUUGGGGUCGUGGGGUCAGAGGGACAUGUGUCCAGCUGGAACGUACACUGCAGGAUUCAGUCUAAGGGUGGAAGAUCCUGUUGGUCAUGAUGCUGAUACUGCACUCAACGUGGUUCGCUUUCACUGUAUUGCAUCUAAAGCUUUAUCAGACUCGUAUCAUGACUACUUCUCGCUUCUGACAGAUGUAGGGAGAGUUCGGUGGACAGAAAUCAAACGGUGUCCUUCUGGAUUCUUGACUGCGUUUCAGCUGAGAGUUGAAAGCUGUCAAGGAGAUGGUGACGAUACAGCCGCAAAAACAUCAUGUGAGUUUAUGCUUUUGUGCUGUGCUGAAAAACCUUUAACCUGAUUUGGUGCUCUAAAAUGACCAAUCUUUUAAAAAUUGCUUGUAAAUACAAAACAUUUGCCCCAAACUUUUAUUUUAAUCAUCUAAAACAGUACUUAGUCAUAAGUCAUAAUUAAUAUUUUAAGAUUUGGUUCAUUUAAGUGCACUUUAAUGUGAUACACACUUUUUGUAUUGUUUUCUUGCAGUUCUGUAAU